CCUGCACCACUAAACUACGUCGUUUUGCUUUCAUCCCUAAUUCUUAAAUUGAUUGCGUUUCUUUCUGGAGGCCAGUGUGAGGAGCUCAACCUGCAUCAACCAUGGCUGCUAAUGGAGCAUCAGCAACGUCGAGAAGAAGCCGCAGAGGAGUAAGAGAAGAAAAUUUUGCUUCAAGCUCAGACCUUUGUGUUGUGCACGACGGAGACCUAAAGGACGAUGUCGCCCCGAGAUGCUUCUGUGGAGUUUAUGCGAUAAUGUAUAUGUCGAGGACGAUUAGCAACCUAAACAGAGUCUUCUUGGUUGCCCAUUCUAUAAGGAAAACCAACCGCAUUGCAAGUUUUUUCUUUGGGUUGAUGAGCAUCUUGCUAGAAUUGGAAGCAGUGGUUGCAUCUUUGAUAAAAGACCUCUGGUUGAGAAAGAGGCAGAAGUUGUUGAAGAGGAAGAGGGAUUUUGUCAAGAAUGGUUGUACUGGAGGAGAAGGUUACUGUGCUAGAGAAGAAAAAAAACCCAUUAGCUUGUUGUGUUGUUAUAAUUGUAUGUGCAGUUGUGACUGCUUUUUAUGUAUUUAGUGACUGAGAAAUGAAUUUUAGAAA